GGCUCGGAGCUGCAGGCUCGCACGGCGGGUAGCACCGGAGCCCCCGGCCGCGGGCCCCUUGCCAGCAACUUCCCUGCCCGGAGCCAGAUUUACGACCCCACCCCCGCCCGGGCUGCGCCUGGCGAUGCCAGGCCCGAGCGCCGCGCCGUAAAUGGAUCGCGGCGGGCGAGGCGGCGGCGGCGGCGGCGGCUGGCGGGCGGGCUCCGAGGUGGCGGGGUCGCGGUUCCCUAGGCUCGGCGCUGCACCCGGGCGCACACGCGCGUCCUGACCCCGAGCUGCUCGCCGCCGGCGCACAGCCGCCCUCUCCCUGCCCUGCGCGCAACUGUCAGGAGAAAACGGGCCGGCGCAUAUUGGCUCCGCGACACGCCGAGGCUCCUCCCCGAGUCUGGAUCCUUAUAUUUUGGGAGAAUUUCUUUGAACUCAGUUAGCGAGCUCGGGGAAGGAGGCAAGUUCCCACCGCCGGCUCGGCUCGGCGAGGGCUCGCCCACCUUCCCUGCAGCCGCCCUGCGCCCUCGCGGUCCUCCUCCUUCUCGGCUCCGCUGGAGGAGAACGCGCUGGCCCGGCGGAGGAAAAUGCCAGCGAUCUGGAUGUGACGGCGAAGAGAGGGCGCGUGGCUAGAGGAGGCAGAGAGAUGAGGAAACCCAUUAUUUGAGAGCCACCAGCCGCUUCAACCCUCCCUGCAAAUUGGUGCUAUCACUUCUGGGGGCCAUUGGCUUGCCUUCUUCCCAACCCUCCAUUAAGAAUUCUUGACUUGAGGACCAACCCCCUACCACGAGAGGGGACGCCUUCUGGGUUGGCAGACCUUUUGGAUGUAGCGUUGUGGGAACAUUUAGACCCUUUCCUCUGGAAGAGCCACCAUGAAUUCGGUAGCUGGAAAUAAAGAGAGGCUUGCGGUCUCCACCAGGGGCAAGAAAUACGGGGUGAAUGAAGUGUGCUCUCCCACCAAGACCGCCGCGCCCUUCUCCCCCGAGAGCUGGUACCGCAAGGCGUACGAGGAGUCUCGCUCAGGGAGCCGGCCCACCCCCGAGGGCGCGGGUUCUGCGCUCGGCUCGUCGGGGACCCCGUCCCCGGGCUCGGGCACCUCGUCCCCGAGCUCCUUCACUGGCUCUCCGGGCCCCGCAUCUCCGGGCAUCGGUACCAGCUCGCCGGGCUCCCUAGGCGGCUCGCCGGGCUUCGGCACUGGAUCCCCGGGCUCGGGCAGCGGCGGCGGCUCCUCCCCCGGCUCCGACCGCGGCGUCUGGUGCGAGAACUGCAAUGCCCGCUUGGUGGAGCUGAAGAGGCAGGCUCUCAAGCUGCUGCUGCCGGGACCCCUCCCGGGCAAGGACCCUGCUUUCUCUGCUGUCAUUCACGACAAACUCCAGGUCCCAAAUACCAUCAGGAAGUCAUGGAACGACCGAGACAACCGCUGUGACAUUUGUGCCACACACCUGAACCAGCUAAAGCAGGAAGCUAUCCAAAUGGUGCUCACCUUGGAGCAGGCAGCUGGCAGCGAGCACUAUGAUGCCUCUCCGGGCUCACCCCCUCCAAUCUCCAGCAUUCCCACCCUGGUGGGGUCCCGGCACAUGGGUGGGCUCCAGCAGCCCAGGGAGUGGGCCUUUGUGCCUGCCCCCUAUGCCACCUCUACCUACACAGGCCUUGUCAACAAACACAGUGGUAAACCCAACAGCCUUGGGGUCAGCAACGGCGCCGACAAGAAGAGCGGAUCCCCAACACACCAGGCCAAGGUCAGCCUCCAGAUGGCCACCAGUCCCAGCAAUGGGAACAUCCUUAACUCGGUGGCUAUUCAGGCUCACCAGUAUCUGGAUGGCACCUGGUCCCUUUCAAGAACCAAUGGGGUUACCCUGUACCCCUACCAGAUCUCCCAGCUGAUGACAGAGACUGGCCGCGAGGGACUGACAGAGUCAGCGCUGAACCGCUACAAUGCAGAUAAGCCGGCAGCCAGCAGCGUCCCUGCCUCCCAGGGCUCCUGUGUGGCCAGUGAGACUUCCACAGGUACCUCGGUAGCUGCUUCCUUCUUCGCACGAGCUGCCCAGAAGUUAAAUCUGUCCUCCAAGAAGAAGAAACACCGGCCUUCGACUCCGUCUGCUGCAGAGGCUCCCCUCUUUGCUACCAGCUUCAGCGGGAUCCUGCAGACCUCGCCUCCCCCAGCCCCACCCUGUCUCCUAAGGGCCGUCAACAAGGUGAAGGACACUCCGGGCCUGGGCAAGGUGAAAGUCAUGCUACGUAUCUGUUCCACAUCCGCUCGAGAUACCUCAGAAUCCAGCUCUUUCCUGAAGGUGGAUCCACGGAAGAAGCAGAUCACCUUGUACGACCCCCUGACCUGUGGAGGUCAAAAUGCCUUCCAGAAAAGAAGCAGCCAGGUUCCUCCGAAGAUGUUUGCCUUUGAUGCAGUUUUCCCACAAGAUGCUUCUCAGGCUGAAGUAUGUGCCGGAACAGUGGCCGAAGUGAUCCAGUCUGUGGUGAACGGAGCAGACGGCUGUGUGUUCUGUUUUGGCCAUGCCAAGCUGGGGAAAUCCUACACCAUGAUUGGAAGGGAUGAUUCCAUGCAGAACCUGGGCAUCAUUCCGUGCGCCAUUUCUUGGCUGUUCAAGCUGAUCAAUGAGCGCAAAGAAAAGACUGGGGCCCGAUUCUCAGUCCGGAUCUCAGCUGUCGAGGUGUGGGGGAAAGAGGAGAACCUUCGAGACCUGCUGUCUGAGGUGGCCACGGGCAGCCUACAGGAUGGACAGUCCCCAGGCGUGUACCUCUGUGAGGACCCCAUCUGUGGCACACAGCUGCAAAACCAGAGUGAGCUGCGGGCCCCCACCGCAGAGAAAGCUGCCUUCUUCCUGGAUGCUGCCAUUGCCUCACGACGAAGCAGCCAGCAGGACUGUGAUGAGGAGGACCACCGUAACUCCCACAUGCUCUUCACCCUGCACAUCUACCAGUACCGGAUGGAGAAGAGCGGGAAGGGCGGGAUGUCUGGAGGUCGCAGCCGCCUGCAUCUCAUCGAUCUGGGCAGCUGUGUGAAAGCUCUCAGCAAAAUCCGAGAAGGGGGCUCAGGACUGUGCCUCUCACUGUCUGCUCUGGGCAACGUCAUCUUGGCUCUUGUCAACGGGAGCAAACACAUCCCGUACAAGGAGAGCAAGCUCACCAUGCUUCUGAGGGAGUCUCUGGGGAAUGUGAAUUGUCGCACCACCAUGAUUGCACACAUCUCGGCUGCAGCUGGUAGCUACUCAGAGACCCUGUCCACCAUCCAGAUCGCAUCGAGAGUCCUGAGGAUGAAGAAGAAGAAGACUAAGUACACAUCAAGCUCCUCUGGGGGAGAAAGCUCCUGUGAGGAGGGCAGAAUGCGCAGGCCCACCCAGCUGAGACCCUUUCAUGCCCGGGCUUCCGUGGAUCCUGAAUUCCCUCUUGCCCCACUGUCCAGCGAUCCUGAUUACUCCUCCAGCAGUGAGCAGUCCUGCGACACCGUCAUCUACAUCGGGCCCAACGGCACAGCCUUGUCUGACAAGGAGCUUACUGACAAUGAGGGCCCCCCAGACUUUGUGCCCAUCGUACCAGCCUUACAGAAGACCAGAGGUGACAGCCGCCCUGCAGAGGCAGCAGAGGCGGCAGCCAACAAGUCGGAAAGGGACUGUCUGAAGUGCAAUACGUUUGCUGAGCUGCAAGAGAGACUGGACUGCAUUGAUGGCAGCGAAGAGCCCAACAAGUUUCCCUUUGAAGAGCUGCCCAUCCAGUUGGGGCCGGAGCAGGCAGGUAGAUGUGUCUCCUUAAGUCAAGCAGGGCCAGAUACACUCUCUGAGUCUGACAAGGAAGACAAUGGGUCAGACAAUAGCCAGUUGACCUCCGACAGGGAAAGCACCGAGCUUCCAGCCUCCAAGGUGCAGCCGAAUCGGUCUCCUGUGCCUACCGUGACACGCAGUGGUAGCCCCAGCCCCGCCUCACCUCGGAGCAUCCCAGGCAGCAGCAGCCAGCACAGUACCUCCCAGCUCACACAGAGCCCCAGUCUCCAGAGCAGCCGGGAGAGUCUGAACUCAUGUGGCUUUGUGGAGGGCAAGCCCAGACCCAUGGGCUCCCCACGGCUAGGCAUUGCCAGCCUGUCCAAGACCUCAGAGUACAAACCUCCCAGCUCUCCCUCUCAGAGGUGCAAAGUCUACACCCAGAAGGGUGUCCUGCCUUCCUCUGCUCCACCUCCUUCCCUGAGCAAAGACUCUGGCAUGGUCUCCAGUGAGUCCUUGCUUCAGCCCGAUGUGCGUACUCCCCCAGUUGGAAUGAGUCCCCAGGUUUUGAAGAAAUCCAUGUCUGCUGGGAGUGAAGGGUUUCCCGGAACCCUGGCUGAAGAUGAGCACCAGGAAGGUCCUCCCGCAGACUCCAAGAAGGAGGUGCUAAGCACCACAAUGGUGACUGUGCAGCAGCCACUGGAACUGAAUGGGGAGGAUGAGCUGGUGUUUACAUUGGUGGAGGAGCUGACCAUCAGCGGGGUGCUUGACAGCGGCCGCCCUACCAGCAUCAUCAGCUUCAAUAGUGACUGCUCCGUGCAGGCCCUGGCCUCGGGCUCCCGGCCCGUCAGCAUCAUUAGCAGCAUCAGCGAAGACCUGGAAUGUUACUCCAGCAUGGCACCCGUCUCUGAGGUGAGCAUCACACAGUUCCUGCCACUCCCCAAGCUGGGCCUGGAUGAGAAGGCUCGGGAAGCAAGCAGCCGGCGCUCUUCCAUCAGUUCCUGGCUGAGUGAGAUGAGUGCGGGCAGUGACGGCGAGCAGUCAUGCCACAGCUUCAUCGCGCAGACAUGCUUCGGACAUGGGGAAGCCAUGGCAGAACCCCCGGCCUCGGAGUUUGUCAACGCCAUCCAGAACACCGCCGUGGUAUGCCAAGAGAAGCCCGAGGUGGGCCCUGACAAUCUGCUCAUCUUGUCGGAGGUUGGGGAAGAAUCAGUCAACAAAGCCACUCCCAUCAAAGGCUGCAAAAUCUCCACCCUGGGCAAGGCCAUGGUCACCAUCUCCAACGCAGCCAACCUGAGCAGCUGCGAAGGUUACAUCCCCAUGAAGACCAACAUCACGGUUUACCCCUGCAUUGCCAUGAGCCCCCGAAAUGUGCAAGAGCCUGAGUCCUCCGCUGCCACCCCAAAGGCAGCCCCCAAAACAGCCCAGUCCCAGGGGAGCAAGGAGGCCAAUGCAAGGAGAGAGAUGAAAUUUGAGGACCCCUGGUUAAAACGAGAAGAAGAGGUGAAAAAGGACGCUUACCCUAGUGAGGAAGGGGUGAGGUGCGAGACCGUCCCAAGCUCCCUGAUGGCUGAAGGUAAGUCAGACCAGGAGCAGAAUGGCAGGCCCAGCUCAGGUGACAGGCUGAGCAGCAGCAGUGGAGAGGCACCUGCCUUUCAGGUGACUGACAGCAUUAGGAGAGUUGUGGAUGGCUGUGAGAUGGCCCUGCCCGGCUUGGUGACCCAGAGUCCCAUACAUUCCACCAAAAAUCUGAAGUCAAGCAGCCUCCCAAGGGCAUUUCAGAAAGCCGACAGGCAUGAGGUGCUGGAUAGCUUCUACCAUUGUCUGGCGGACAGCAAUGGCUUCAGCGGGGCACUGGGCAUGCAGUCCUCGAAGACAACCCUGGAGAAGAAGGUAGCUUCACCCAAGCAUUGCGUCCUGGCACGGCCCAAAGGGACACCACCUCUACCUCCUGUCCGCAAAUCUAGCUUGGACCAGAAGAACAGGGCCAGUCCUCAACACAGCGGCAGCAGCAGCAGCACCAGCAGCCCCCUGAACCAGCCAGCUACCUUCUUGGCUUGCUUCCCUGAUGAGUCCAACAGCAAAACUAAGGAUGCCAGUAGCAGCAGUAAGCUCUUCAGCGCCAAGCUGGAGCAGCUGGCCAGCAGAACCAACUCCCUUGGCAGGACAACAGUCAGCCACUAUGAAUGCUUGUCCCUGGAAAGGGCGGAAAGCCUGUCGUCCGUGAGCUCCCGCAUGCAUGCCGGCAAAGACAGCACCAUGCCUCGCACCGGCAGGAGCCUGGGUCGCAGCACAGGGGCCUCACCACCCAGCUGUGGCAUCACCCAGUCUGCAGGGACCUCUCCCAAGGCCAGCCAGUCUAAGAUCUCCGCGGUAAGCAAGCUCCUGCUGGCCAGUCCCAAAUCCCGCAGCCUGUCCACCUCGACCACCAAAACCCUCAGCUUCUCCACCAAGUCCCUGCCACAGUCUGUGGGCCAGAGCUCCAACCUGCCACCCAGCGGGAAGCACAUGUCCUGGUCCACCCAGUCCCUCAGCAGAAGCCGGGGCUCUGGGCUGGCUUCCAAACUGCCCCUGCGAGCUGUCAACGGGCGCAUUUCGGAGCUGCUGCAGGGCAGUGCCGGCCCGAGGGGCGCACAGCUGCGGGCAGAGGCAGAGGAGCGCAGUGGAGCUCCCACGGAGGACAAGCCUGCAGCCGCCCACCUGCUGCCCUCACCCUACAGCAAGAUCACCCCUCCCCGGAAGCCUCACCGCUGCAGCAGCGGGCACGGUAGUGACAACAGCAGUGUCCUGAGCGGGGAGCUGCCACCUGCCAUGGGGAAGACGGCCUUGUUCUACCACAGCGGUGGCAGCAGCGGUUAUGAGAGCAUGAUAAGGGACAGCGAGGCCACCGGCAGCGCAUCCUCGGCCCAGGACUCCAUGAGCGAGAACAGCAGCUCCGUUGGAGGGAGGUGCAGGAGCCUCAAGACCCCAAAGAAGCGCUCCAAUUCAGGUUCUCAGAGGCGGAGGCUCAUUCCGGCAUUGUCCCUCGAUACUCCCUCACCUGUGAGAAAAACUACCAGCAGCACAGGGGUCCGCUGGGUGGACGGCCCCCUGAGGAGCACCCAGAGGGGGCUUGGGGAACCUUUUGAGAUUAAAGUCUAUGAAAUUGAUGAUGUGGAGCGCCUGCAGCGACGAAGAGGAGGCACCAGCAAGGAGGUCAUGUGUUUCAACGCCAAGCUGAAAAUCCUGGAGCAUCGGCAGCAGAGAAUCGCUGAGGUCCGAGCCAAGUAUGAGUGGCUGAUGAAAGAGCUGGAAGCGACCAAACAGUACCUCAUGCUGGACCCCAACAAGUGGCUGCGUGAAUUUGACUUGGAGCAAGUCCUGCAGCUGGAUUCCCUGGAGUACCUGGAAGCACUGGAGGGCGUGACAGAGCGCCUGGAGAGCCGCGUCAACUUCUGCAAGGCCCAUCUCAUGAUGAUCACCUGCUUUGACGUCACCUCCAGGCGCCGAUAAGGGCCGGUGGGCUCCAAGGCAUCAGUCCCUCGCUCCCUAGGACCUCAGCAGGACACCACCCUCCCAGGCAACACUCAAGACACGAGGAUGAGGAUGAAGGUUGGUGGCAAGUCUGGAGUGAGCGAGGAGCGGAAAGGCAAUGUUUCCUUUGUUUUCUGUGGGGAAGAAGGGUAAAGACACCAACAUGUGGAAGGCAGAAAUGAUGGGAAAACCCGUGGGACUGAGAAAGCACUUUGAGGAACCUUGAAGAACUCUGUACAUAAGGACCGCUAGCAAAGAGACUCGGACCUUGCGGUUGUGAGAAAGGGGAGGGUGACGCGGGAUUGCCAUUGAAAGCCAAACACCAACAAGACGACCCAGAAUGAUGGAUUAAGUGCCUUGCAAAUCUUUAUGAUUAUCUAAACAUUUGUGUUCGUACUUUCUUGUGUCCGGAUGGUGCUAGUCAAGAAGAAAUCAACAAAACCGGAAACUCAACCCAGUUUUGGAAAUGUAUUUGCCGCUUGUUUUCUCUUGGUUCAGACUUGCUGUCUGUCCCUCCAAAGUUGUGUUUGUGGUGGUAUUGCCUAAUCAGUAUUGCAGCUGAAUAAAUGUUAACUGUCUUUCAUGGUUAUCCUGGGAAGGGCACUCAAAACAUGGAAACUGCAUUGGCAUGAGCCUGUGUGUUUCCCAGGGAGGUUUAGAAGGGCAAGGAACAGGAGAUGCCACCUUCCAUGAGCAGCAGGUCAGCCAACAGCUCCAGGGUGGAGCAUGGAAUGGGUGCACAUGAGCUUUAGUGAUAAGGAGGGAUGUCUUUAAGGGGGAGGGGUCUGGGUGACCCGGGCCCCUGUUCUUGUUUGUUUCAUGUGUUUGCAGCCCUCAGAACAAGUUCAUGUUCCUUUCUGGUCCAAAGCCUGUGGAUGGAAAGCUUGAACAACUUCAGCAGAGUCCUGUUUCUUUAUCUCCAUGUUCUGUGGUGUUAUUGAUGCAGGGUGGAGGUUGGCUGUGUUGGGGCGCUCUUGGGCCUACGCAGGUUCCAACUUGACAUCCAUUUAGAAACAGGAAGCUUGGGGUUGAGGUUGCGUAGAUUUCUGUCGCCCCAGGUCCUGUCCACUACUAGCAAGGGGUCAGCUCUCACCUGUCCUAAAGCCUCUGGAGCUUGUCCCUGCAGCCUUGGUGUCCUGAGGCAGAGAGAGGAAUCACAUCCCUAAAUUCCAGAGCCCUGGUUAUGCAGGACAGAGCCAGAUGAAUGGGGAGACCUAGAUCUUGCCCCUUCUCUAAAACUGAGGAUUUUAUCCUCAAAUUACUCCCCUCCCUUCAGGGUUGUUGGACCAUGUUAGGGUUAUAGGGCUGAGGCAUGGAAUGGUCAGGCAUUGGCUGGCCACAGGCUGCUGGAACAACCAAGUAUCCCAGGAAAACCAAGAAGUCUCCUCUCUCUCAGAGUGUAUGCAGCCGGCCUGUGCAUAUACAUGCUCAGGGUUUUGGAAAGAGGACUCAGCAUCCUCGCCCCUCCUCCCUCCCCCACUAACUAACUCCUCGAUCCCAGAUGCUCCUCAAAGUGAAAGAACUUUGGAUUUCUGCAUCAGUUCUCUCUCUGGACACAUGUAUCCCAGCACAGCAUAGUAUGUGGCCAGCAGAACUCACCACACAGGAGCUGAAGUCAUGUGAGCGCCAUGACACUUGAUCUUUUACCCAGAACAGGGCAUAGAUGAGACUACCAGCUUGACUGUUCUAGAGGUCAGCCCUGUGGACCAAAAGCCAGCCUCAUGGGUCACAGGUUCUGCUUUGCACAUUCCUAAGAGUUGAUUCUUAUGAAAGGUAUCCCAAGCUGCUGGUUGGAUGGUCUAAGUUCUGGAAUAGUCCAUGCCCCACUCUGUGCAUCCCACAGCUUUACCAAGUAUGUCUCCUGGGGAAGCAGGGCCUCCACAGCUCUUCCUCAGCUCCUCCCCCAGUGCCAUUCUGCAGGAGUCCUGGGCUCAGGGCCCACCUCGGCCUCAUAACACAUGUAUGCAUGGGUCUGCUUAAGAGCAAUGUUCCUGGAAGCUUCUGAUCCCCCAUAGGGAUGCCAAUACUAUGAACAUCUGUUUUGAUUGCUGGCUUGAAAUAUAUUUCUGUUUUGUUUUGUUUUCUUUUGUUUCUCAUGAAAGGCUUUGGUGUGGAAAAGUUUUAAAAAGUGAGCAUGCCUAGAUUUCUUUUCCCUGCUUGAGAGCAAAUUCAUUUGAUUAGUCAUCUCUGAGCUUGGCUUUGGUCCCUGCUGCCUUUUCCCUUAUCCCUGAGGUCAUCAGGCCCCAGUGACUACUUUAGCAGGCCACCAACAGAGCCCAGGGCCUUUGCUGGAGUGAGACUCUGCUGCCUCAUCCAUACAGAGCAGACCCUCGGUCAGCAGGUUCUUUUGGGAGAGUGCCCCUCAUAUGGAGAGUGGCCCUCAGCUGCCUCCCAUGGACAUCUGUUUGCAUGUAUUCCAAAGAACUUCAUGUUAUAGCAUCAAUGGUUUGGCAAUGGUACUAGGGUGACUUUACCAAGCCAGGUAGGCCACAUCCACGUGGCAGGGCAUCCCAGGGGGUCCAAUGGGCUGUGGUGCCGGGAACUCUUGGUGUGAAAUAGUGUGGAUCUCUUGCUCGUUCUCAUAUACUGGCCCUCUCCAAAGUAAGCUGUAAACAUCUUAUCCUGCCAUACUGCAUUAUCUUCACUGAUAACUAGUGGAGAAGUCGUGCAUCCCACGAUGCACCUGUUCCCUGCUCUGCCUAUGCGCUGCCGGUGGAAAUACAAAGAAGUAGUCCUAACAGCAGAGGACAAUGCCAGUGUUCGGUGGCUCCAGGUUUGCUUUGGAGAAAAAAAGAGACAAAGAGAUAUCAAGGACCUGGCUUCUACUUCACACCUGUCCGUAGAAGGGCUGGACUUGUUUCUUUGACGUUAAUAUUUAGGUACACAUGACUUACUUAAAUUCUGUCCAUUCACCCCAACUCUAGCCCAGCUUCAAAGAAUUCAAUGUGAGGUUGAAUUAUUUGCAGCCAAGUAAAACUGAAAAAAAAAAAAAAAAUCUGAGACAAGGGGUACCAUUCCUCCUGGAGGAAACCCUUAGUUCAUUUCACCUGGGGGUAGGAGGAGAGGUGUUGCUGCUCCCAGGGAGCCUGCCUUUGCUUUGUCUUGGCUUUCAAUACCCACCUGAGAGCUGAAGGCUUUGAUCUUCUCCUUGAACCCUCCUGGAUACCCCAGGAAGCUGUUUCUCACUUUCAUCUCUGCAGAGUAGAAACUGGCUGGCACUUGUGGUUUCAACUCCAAUUGCUGUUCUGAACAUGGGGGACAAAAGAUGCAAAUGCAGAGGUGGGUCCCCUAGUGACACACCAAUGACCUGAGCAAUGACCUCAGAGCAGGAGAAGGGCUCUUGAGCUAGAGACUGGGGUAAGGACCACCAUACAGCCCCAGGAAAGAGGCGGGGGUGGGCAGCAGAAAUGUUCAUCGGGCAGGAACCAGGUGCCAUUCAUCGGUCACGAAUCAGCCUUAAGCGUGGGGUCUGGUGUCCAGGAAGGACACUCAUGCUGUGCAGGGAGGUGCUUCAAAAGGACCUACAUGUUUGGGGGUGUGCUUGCUGCAAGGAUUUCCAUUCAGGCUUUAAGCAAGAAAAGCAUCUGCCACGUGGGUGUGGAUCUCAUAUCCCUGGGGUACAGGCACUUUUUCCGGCCUUCAGACUCUCAUGCUCCUCAUUAAUUUGAGCUCAUUCAUAAGCCUUCCUAAUAGAUUGGUAUUUCGAACCUGCUGUCUGCCCUUGACUUCCCGAUUGAGAAGGUGAGGUUGGCGAGAGUCCACAGUUUGCACGGUGCAAUCAUGGCCUUUGCUGAUCUGUAAUUGAGCCCGAAGUCAAUGUUUUUUUUGGGGGGGUUCCUUAUUCCACCAAGAAUUCUAGUCUGUAAAAGAAAUUACUAAAAACGAGUUCCUUCCAAAAUUGAAAACAGAUUUCCUGAAUGUUGUUCUUUCCUUGGACAUAAUGCAAAAACAUUGCCUCCCUUUUAGGGUGGUUUAUCUUUGAAACCCAAAGCUGGGGCCCAUUAGAAACAGGUUGAAAAUCCUGUGUUCUAGGAGCUGAUGCUGACAAAGCCAUCCACUGUCAUUGUCCCCGGAGCAACCCUGCCACUGCCUAGCAGCGUGGCCCAGCUUUCCACAUGGAAAGAGGUGUCCUCAGUGCUAACACACGUGUGGCAGCACCACAGUGGGAGAGGCCAGCUGGCUUGCUGUUCUCUGUGCCAAGCUGAAUUGCUGAGGGCAAGAUUGGUGAAUGGGUCUACUUUUUUUUUUUUUUUUUAA